AUGUCAAAUGUCAAUUGCAAAACCAUUUCUUGUUCCUUUUCUAUCUUCUUACCCCGUUUAGUCCAAAAAUAAAAUAAAAUUUUAUUAAAAUUUCUUUGGCUUCCAAUCUUCAAUAAAAUGUCUCUUAUUGGUAGAAAUAUUGUCCGCGCCCUAAUGCAGGGUUCUCAACAUGUAUCCAAGGGAGUACAUACUAGUGCGGUAAAUGCUGACCAAAAUGUAUGUUUUGCUCCAGCUGGUAUCAGCACCCUGCAACCGAAUGCGACCAAGGAAGGUCGUAUUAAGUGCACUUUAAUUCCUGGAGAUGGCGUCGGACCGGAAAUGGUUUACUCUGUGCAAGAAGUCUUCAAGGCGGCAAACAUCCCAGUGGAUUUCGAAUCGUUCUUUUUCUCCGAAGUGAACCCAACACUGAGCGCCCCUCUUGAAGAUGUUGUCAACUCCAUCGCACGCAACAAGAUUUGUAUCAAGGGUAUCUUAGCUACCCCGGAUUUCUCGCACACCGGUGAAUUGCAAACACUCAACAUGAAAUUGCGUAAUGCACUCGACUUGUACGCGAACGUGGUACACGUGAAGUCGCUGCCUAAUGUCAAGUGCCGCCAUAACGACGUGGACUGCAUCAUCAUCAGAGAGCAGACCGAAGGAGAGUACUCGGCUCUCGAACACGAGUCUGUGCCCGGUGUCGUGGAAUGCUUGAAGAUUAUCACAGCGGCUAAAUCUGAGCGUAUCGCCAAAUUCGCGUUCGACUACGCUGUGAAGAUGGGCCGCAAGAAGGUCACGGCUGUACACAAGGCAAACAUUAUGAAGCUUGGUGACGGACUGUUUUUGCGCAGCUGCGAAGAGAUGGCGAAACUUUAUCCCCGAAUUCAAUUUGAGAAGAUGAUUGUUGACAACUGCACAAUGCAAAUGGUGUCCAAUCCAAAUCAGUUUGACGUGAUGGUAACACCAAACUUGUACGGCAAUAUUGUGGACAACUUGGCCAGUGGUCUGGUCGGCGGUGCGGGUGUCGUAGCAGGGGCCUCCUAUAGUCCGGAGUGUGCAGUUUUUGAGCAGGGUGCUCGUCACAUCUUCUCGGGCGCCGUAGGCAAGAACAUCGCCAACCCGACAGCCAUGCUGCUCUGCUCCGCCAACUUGUUGGCACACGUCAACUUGCAUUCUUACUCCAAAAUGAUUAAGAACGCCAUCAACAAAGUAUUAACUGACGGAAAGGUGAGGACAAAGGAUCUCGGCGGUCAGUCCACAACCAAAGAUUUCACCUAUGCGGUCAUCCAGAGCCUUGCUUAAAUAUUUGCCAUAUGUACUGAUCGUUCAACGCUCAAGAGAGCUUAACAUAAGUAUAAUUUAUUUGUAUUGUAAUUAAUGUAGAAAUGUGAUCUGAGAAAUCAAACAUUGUUAUUCAAUAUUGUAUAGAUUAAUUCCCCAUUGUAUAUUGUAAAUAUAAUAAAACGACAUUUAAUUAUA